GAAGAAAAAAAUUAAAACCGACCAAACAGCAACUUACGGGAAAAAUUAGAAUAGAACAGUGCUCUGCUUCGUGACCUCCGUCCAACGCGCUGCUCUCCUCCGCUCCGCCGACGACGCGCCACCCCCCUCUCCUUCACUCUUCACAAAUUUAUAGGAAGCAAACACUUUAAAACCCGAUUCUGCUUAUUCAGAAUCUGAUUUUAAGCGGCCACAAGCUCUCAAAAACCCUCUUAAUCGCCCUACAACUUUUCUUUUUGAAUUUCGCUCCUUACAUACACACACACACCUUCCUCCCUGAAUCCUGAUUCAACCAAAGAAAACUUUCGACAAAAAUGAUAAGCAGGACAAGUACAAGAGAAGUGGCUUUCCACAGGCAUGCCUGGAAAUCUGCAAAGAGAACGUUAUGUAGUGGUGCAGAAGCCAAGUCUCCUGGUGCAUCCAUUGAACAAGGAACAGCAGACAAACAAAGAUCUGAAAAUAAUCUUCCGGUGCACGAUGUUGCUAUUGUUGGAGGUGGCAUGGUCGGCAUGGCUCUGGCUUGCUCUUUAGCAAAAAUGCCAUUGACAAACCAUCUAAAUGUUGCUAUCAUUGAUAGCAAUCCAGCACUACAAAGUGGUCAAUCUAUCAAGAAAGAGGAUCCCCCAGAUCCGAGAGUUAGCACUGUCACCCCAGCAACUAAAGCUCUCUUUAAAGAUGUCGGUGCGUGGAAAUAUGUCGAAGAGAAUAGGCAUGCUUACUUUGAUAAGAUGCAGGUUUGGGAUUAUACUGGUCUGGGCUAUACAAGGUACCAUGCAAGAGACGUGAACAAAGAAGUACUAGGGUGCGUGGUGGAGAAUAAAGUGCUUCAUAAAUCUCUAUUAUCAUGUCUCCAGGAUUCAGGUUCCCAGCAUAAACUAUAUCCUCUCAGAUUAAGCUCAAUGCACUUGGAUCCAGCUUCUGCAUCAAGCUCUCGUGGAUCUUUAGCAAAACUGGAACUGAGUGAUGGGAAUAGCUUGUAUGCAAAACUAGUGGUCGGAGCAGAUGGGUCCAAAUCACGUGUCAAGGAGUUAGCUGGAAUAAGUUCGACUGGAUGGAAGUAUUCUCAGAAUGCAAUUAUAUGUACCGUGGAACAUAUGGAGGAAAACCGAUGUGCUUGGCAAAGAUUUCUCCCUAACGGUCCAAUUGCCCUUCUCCCAGUAGGCGACAAGUUCAGCAAUAUUGUUUGGACAAUGGAUCCUGAAGAGUCAUUGAAUCGCAAAUCAAUGUCUGAGGUUGAUUUUGUGAGAGAAGUGAACCGAGCUCUGGACAAUGGCUAUGGUCCUCGUCCAAAAUCUCAAUCCUUUGGGGGUGCUUCUGUGUUCUCUUGGCUAACUGCCAAAACAUUAGUAUCGGCCUAUGAUUGCUUUGAAAUCCCACCAAAAAUCACCAAGCUAGCCUCUGAAAGGAUGGUGUUCCCCUUGUCUCUUAAUCAUGCAAACUCUUAUGCAACGAAACGUGUUGUUCUCAUUGGUGAUGCUGCACAUACCGUUCAUCCUUUGGCUGGUCAAGGAGUUAAUAUGGGAUUUGGAGACGCGUUCUCUCUUUCAAACGUUCUUGCUGAAGGCAUUGCAGUUGGAUCUGAUAUCGGCGAGGUGUCGUUGCUGAGAAGAUACGAGUUGGAUAGGAAGCCUGCGAACUUAACAAUGAUGGCGAUCCUAGACGGCUUCCAGAAGGCGUAUUCCGUUGAUUUCGGACCAUUCAACGUAUUGCGUGCCGCUGCAUUCCAAGGAGCACAGCAUCUUUCGCCGCUGAAGAGAAACAUCAUAUCUUACGCCUCAGGUGAGCAUAGAUUUCCACUUUUUUCAUGACUUCAAGUGUUAAAAUAAAUCUCAGAUCGUUUUUUGCUUCUGUGUAGUGAAUAACGAACUCUGUAAUGUGAAAGUUUUAAUAAAGAACAUUUCUACCUUCA